UUUAGUGAAGCGUUACUAUGUUUUUACGGACAGAAGUAACUCGCUGGCAGGAUGUUCAAGAAACGAAAAAACAUUAAUAUUAGACAACGCAGGUUGAGUGAGGAUGAAGCUGGGGCAGAGAGUGAUGCUAUGGCUAUCGCCAGCAAUGAUGAUAGCAACUCCAACUUCGCCAUUGCCAUCAAAAAGGAGAAAAAGAAGAAGGAAAAGGUGGAACCCAAGAAGCAGUCCAUUUUAAGUUUCGAAGACGACCUUACGGCUGAUGAUGGCAUCAUCUUUCAAGAAAAGAAAUCUAGCUUGAGCUACAAAUUACGUAAAGAGAUGAAGAAAGAGAAAAAGGAAAAGAGAAGGGAGGAAAAGGAGAAACAAAGGCAAGCUGAAGGAAAGGACAAAUUUCGAGACAAGGACAAGAAUGGGGGACCAACUGUGUCCGAGCUGGAUGAGCUUGGAAUAAGAAUAGUAAAUGGUCGAGAAGCAGAGAGCAUUGGUGCCAAGCCAGGGGACUCGGAUGAAGAUGAUCCUAAUACUCCGGGCAAACACAAGUUCAGGUCUAAAAGCACAAGAACAUCUCACUCUCUAGAUCCUUGGAAAAAAAUUCUUCAAAGUGGCCAGAUACCUGAUGCUAAUAUGAUACAUGCCAUCCGGAAGCAGAGACAGCAAGCCAGGGAGCAAGGAGACAUGGUUCCCUUAGAUGACACUGUCAGAGUUGAGGAAACCAAAAGUCGCUUGGUACGUGAUGAUGACAAUGAUCGCAGUGAUGAUGAUGGCGAGUCUCGAAUGGAUUUUUCUGUUAACCAACAGGCACGAGAUAGACAGCAACGGCAAGAAGCAUUUGAGGCAGCACAGGCGGAGGGUGGUAGUGACAACAGUGAUCAUGAACGAGAGUGGGAGAAACAACAGUUACUGAAGGCAGGUGCAAAUCCCAAGGUUGUUGUAGGUUGUGAUGGGGAAUUCAACCUAGAGAUUGGCGACCCCAACGCCAUCCAGUUCACUGUACUUGACAAUGGAACAGCUCAAGGGACCCAAGACCAGCGCCUGUGGGGCACUGAGACACUUAUCCCUUCAUCCGCAGCAUCACUACCUCGCCCAUCUAACUACCAGGCGGAAGGAAUCAUCAAACGACUCCAGGACAGUCGUGUCAGCAUGGAGGAGGUAUACCGGCGGCACCAGACUGAGGCAGAUGCUAUAAUAGAUGAUUUGGUGGCAUGCAAGUCAACCAUAUCCCGGUGCAGCUUGGAACAGCAUCCAUUGACCAGCAUCUUCCAGUUUUAUCAAGAUAUCCGUGGGUAUGUCACUGACUUAAGAGACUGUCUGAAUGAAAAGGUCCCUGAGAUUGGUGCUUUAGAGGAUCAGGUGUACAUUCUCUACCGCCAACGAGCGCAGAAGGUUGUGCAACGCCGACGGCAGGAUGUCAGAGAUCAGAAUGACGAGUUUUCACCCUUUGCUGGAAAAGGUGUUGGUGAUGAGUAUCGAACAAGACGUGCAGCAGAGCGAGAAGGUCGUCGUACUCGAAGACGAAGGGAGCGAGAGAAAAAGGGUGAUGUCAGUCAUCAUGAUGGAAUGUCGACUGAUGAUGAGGAAUCACAGUCUGAAAUACAACUCGUGCAAUCUGAACUUGAGCACAUUGCUUCUGAAGCACGAAAAAUAUUUGAAGAUGUAGAAGACGACUUCUCUCAGUUAAAGCGCAUCAUGGCAAGAUUUGAGGAUUGGCGCAGUAAGGAGGGCCCCACAUAUUCAGAUGCCUAUGUAUCCUAUAAUUUGCCCAAAAUAUUCUCUCCUUAUAUAAGACUUCAGAUGUUACUUUGGAAUCCGCUGAUGAGAGACAGUGAUGGAAUUGAAGUUGAGAGGAUGAAAUGGUUUAACCUCCUCCUCCUGUACGGCACUAGUGAUAAUACAGAUGAUGAUCCUUCACGUUUAAGAGAAGAUCCAGAUCGCAAGUUAAUGUCACAUCUUGUGGAAAAAAUCGUUUUGAUAAAAUUAAAAGAAAUUAUUGGAUGUUGGUGGGAUCCUCUGUCUCAUAUACAAACAGUGAGACUAGUCAAUAUGGUGAGACAUUAUGCUGAGGCAUACCCAAGCUUAGGGCCAAGUUCCAAGCCUCUGAAGGAUCUCACUCACGCCAUCAUCUCAAAGAUUAGAGACGCAAUAGAUAAUGAUAUUUUCAUCCCCAUGUUUCCUAAAAAUAUAUAUGACAAUAAGAACUCGGGCGUGAGCCUGUUCUUCCAGCGUCAGUUUUGGGUGGCUUGGAAACUUUUAAGCUCUACAUUAAUGUGGCACAAGGUCUUGAGUGAUUCAGUCAUUCAUGAUCUAGCUGUUCGUUCCCUACUUAAUCUGUACCUGUUGCCAGCACUCAACUUAGCCGCCGAGAUAAAUCCAUCCGAUGCACUUGAUAAAUGUAGAAAUGUAAUUAAUGCACUGCCUCGAGCCUGGGUAAAAAGUGAAGGAACUCAUGCUUUCCUCGGGCGUCUUGAAGACUUCUUAAUGAAGCUUUCUGAGAAGCUUGAUCCAGCUGCUCAUUCUCCUGCUCUGAAAGAAGUGUGCGACCUCUUGAAAUCCAUCGGUGCACAUAGCCAAGCUGACAAAAUAGCCUACAAGUACCUGUAACUAUUAAGGAAAGUGUAGCAUCUUGUACUAGGGGCUGGUUUCAAUGUGUUUGUACUGAAUAAGAAUGUUGUCAUAUAUCAUUUAAUAUGUAUUUUUUUAUUCUAUUUUUUCAUUAUUUUAUUAUUAAAUUGUAAUACUGUACAGCCAUCUUAAUUUGUUAUACCCGUCAAUUUGAGCCUGACUUGCAUGUCUCAAGUCUGUAUGCAUUAGAAUAAUCACAUAUUUAGAGAUUCAUGUACUUACAUGAAGAUGUAUAUCACAGAAAUUAUACUUGAGGUAAAGUA